AUGUCGGAUUUAUUUUUAGAAGCCGAGCACGCGGAGUUGUACCGUAAAUACCGACCUCGGUAUCCAAAGGAAAUAUUCGAGAUAAUCGAUCGAAAGUUGACUGAAAGUACCGCUAAACUGCCUGACGGUCUGAAAGAAAAAUACAAGAGAAACCGGGAAGGCAGAUGGAAGAGGGCAUUGGAUGUUGGUUGCGGCACUGGACAGGCAACACUCAUGUUACUGGAUUCCGUACAGGAAAUAGUCGGCCUCGAUUCAAGUGACUCUCAGAUUCAUCAAGCUAAAAUUGAAUGUGGAGAUAAGGACGCAAGUCGAGUUACAUUUUUGUGUGAAGAUGCGUUGAAAAUAUCAGAAGCGUUUGAAGAAGACAGUAUAGAUUUGAUACUGGUCUGCCAAGCAAUACAUUGGUUUGAUAGGGCGAAUUUUUUUAGAGAAUGUUUGAAGGUUCUAAGACCAGGAGGGGUUCUUGCCCUGGUAGGUUACGGGCUGCCUUUUUUCAAUGACGAAGUCAUUGAUAAAUUAAAUAGGGAGUACAUUGACGAAUCGCUGAAAGACUCGCCGAUUAGAUCGACCAUUGAUGAUAAAUAUGCCGAAGUUAUAAAGGAACUGAGAUGCGUGUUUCCGUGUGUUGAGAGAGACGACAGUAUAGUUCAAAACUUAGAUUCUACAGUUGACGAAUACGUUGGCUACCUAAGCACCUGGAGCAAUUACAGAACCUACAAGAGAACCAACCCACCUUAUCCAGAUGUUCUCGAAGUUUUCAGGCAAAAAUUGCAGAAAUGCGUUCCAGGCGAUGCCAUUUUGAAGAGAAAAUUCGAUUUUUUCAUCGUUUUUGGCAUUAAAUCUUUAAAAUAA